CUGCCACCCUCACUCUGCCCCUCUCCUCGGAGCUGCCUUUCCACACCCCGCACUUUCCUGCACCUGCGCACCAGCAGCUGCAGGCACGCCGCCGCCGCCGCCGCAGCAGCAGCCUCUGCACGAGCCCCUUGCCGGCCUGCCGCAGAGGCGCAUCCGAGCGCACGCCGCCGGCCUGCCGCGGUCCGCCACCGCGCGCGCGCAUCUCUUGAUCCGCUGCUCCCCUGAGCGCGCCUCUUCGCUGCCUCACAUCGCAUCUCGCACGCAUAUAAGAGCCACCUCCUGCCUGCCCGCAGCUCCUCUCUCGCAGCCACCUCCUCGCCGUUCCCCGCGCGCGCUCUCUCCCUCUCCGCGCCCGGCCCUCUCUCUCUCCCGCUCUCUCCGUCCCUCUCUCUCUCCCCGGCUCCUUCUCUCGCACCGACUCCUCUACGCUCGCUCACCGCCUCUCACACUCCACGCCCUGCUGCCCGCGCACAGCGGAGCACCCUCCGUACGCCAUGACGCACACCCUCUCCAUUCGCGCCGCCAACGGCGCCGCGUCGGUCAUCUCGGGCCUGAACCCGAGCAAGUUCGACUCGGCCGACCCGCUGCGCCUCUUCAUCAUCCAGGCCGGCAUCAUCAUCGUCUUCACGCGCAUCCUCGGCUACGGCCUCGCCAAGAUGAAGCAGCCGUCGGUCAUUGCCGAGGUGAUUGGCGGCAUCGUGCUCGGCCCGACCGUGUGCGGCCGCAUCCCCGGCUUCACGGCCGCCAUCUUCCCGCAGCAGUCGAUCCCGCUGCUGAGCCUCGUGGCCAACAUCGGCCUUGUCUUCUUCCUGUUCCUCAUCGGCCUCGAGGUCGACGUGCGCAUCAUCAAGAAGUGCGCCGUGGCGAGCACGGCGAUCAGCCUCAGCGGCCUCAUCCUGCCCUUCGGCCUCGGCGCGGCCGUCUCGUGGGGCCUGUACAACGAGUUCAUCGACACGUCCCGCGUCAGCUUCAACCACUUCCUGCUCUUCACGGGCACGGCCUUCUCCAUAACGGCGCUGCCCGUGCUGGCGCGCAUCCUCGGCUCGCUCGGCAUGCUGCAGUCCAAGGUCGGCACGAUUGUGCUGGCUGCCGGCGUGGGCAACGACGUCAUCGGCUGGGUGCUGCUGGCGCUCACCGUGGCGCUUGUCAACGCGCAGACGGGCCUGACGGCGCUGUACGUGCUGCUCACGACGAUUGCGUGGUGCCUCGUGCUCUUCUUCCUCAUCCGCCCCGUCUUCCUCUGGCUCUGCCGCCGCACGGGCAGCUUCGAGAAGGGCCCGACGGCGCUGAUGCUCACCAUCACGAUUCUGCUCAUGUUCACGUCGGCCUUCCUCACCGACAUCAUCGGCGUGCACGCCAUCUUUGGCGCCUUCCUCGUCGGCCUCAUCAUCCCGCACGAGGGCGGCUUUGCCGUGGCGCUGACGGAGAAGAUCGAGGACCUCGUGCUCACGACGAUGCUGCCGCUCUACUUUGCCCUCUCCGGCCUCAAGACGCAGCUCGGCACACUCAACAGCGGCAUCACGUGGGCGUACACCAUCGCCAUCAUCGUUGUUGCCUUCGUGUCCAAGUUCGCCGGCUGCGCGGGCGCCGCCAAGGUGUGCGGCUUCUCGCUGCGCGAGAGCGGCGCCAUCGGCGCGCUCAUGUCCUGCAAGGGUCUCGUCGAGCUCAUCGUGCUCAACAUCGGCCUGCAGGCCGGCAUCCUCGACACGCGCUCCUUCUCCAUGUUCGUCGUCAUGGCGCUCGUCAGCACCUUCAUCACGACGCCCCUCACGCAGCUCAUCUACCCGGCGCGCUUCCGCCUCGCCGAGAAGGACGGCUCGGUGCACGGCCACGAAGGCGACGACUGCGAGGAGGAGAAGUCGGGCGACGGCGCGCUCAGCCGCGCGUCGCGCCACCUCAUGGUCGUGCUUGACGGGUUCGAGCACCUGCCCGGCCUGCUCACGCUCAUGCAGCUCAUGCGCCCCUCGGACGCCACGCUGCCGGCGUCGGAGAGCAGCGAGUCCAACCUGCGCCACCGCAACGUGUCCGGCUCGGACGGCGAGUCGAUCAAGGAGUCCUCCUCCUCGUCUGCCGGCGGCCAUCCGGCGACGCACGAGCUGCGCCAGGGCGCGCCGUACCAGAGCGCAUCGGCCGGCCGGCCCGAGGUCACCGUCAGUGCGCUGCGCCUCAUUGAGCUUACCGAGCGCACGUCGGCGGUGAUGCGUGUCGCCGAGGCUGAGGACACGCUGCGUGCCGACCCGAUCAUCAACGUGUUCCGCACCUUCGGCCAGCUCAACCACCUGCCCGUCUACUCGUCGAUGGCCGUGGUCGACGCAUCCGAGUACGCGCCGACGGUCGUCUCGCGCGCGUCUGGCGCCUCGUCGAGCCUGCUCGUGGUGCCCUGGACCGUGCCGCAGGGCUCCAUCGCUGCGCCCACCGGCGAGGCGAGCGGCGCGCUGCCUGCCUCUGCGCCGGCCGCUGCGGGCGUCUUCUCGACGAUCUCGAACCCCUUCGACUCGAUCUUCGGCCCCGGCGCCGACGGCCCGACGCGCUCGCCGCAGAACAUCAACUUCGUGCGCCGCGUCUUCCAGACGGCCACGUGCGACGUCGGCCUGCUCGUCGAGCGCCCGGUCGGCACGCGUUCGACGGGGCCUCUCGGCAUUUCGCGCCGCCAGCACGUUGUGCUCGCCUUCAUGGGCGGCCCCGACGACCGCGCCGCGCUGGCUCUGGUGCUGGCGCUCUGCCGUGCCAACCGCGAGCUGCUCGUCACGGUGCUGCACUUCAAGCGCGUCGCGGCCGACGAGGCCGGCGACGCGCCGCUGCCCGACCUGCCGCCGACGGUGCACCACGCGCAGUCGCUGCAGCACGGCGCCGGCGGCGUGCAGGACACCAUGUACCCGACGAUCCACGGCGCCGCGCCGCUCGAGGCGACGCUCGAGGACAACCUCUCCAUCAAGAACGCCACGGAUGCCGCAGCCGGCGCGCUGGCGGGCCGCCUGACCGUCAAGCUCACGGCCACGUCGCGCCCGCUGCGCGACUUUGUGCAGGCCGUCGACGCCGCCGAGCCGACGCUCGUCGUGUGCGGUCGCGGCCGGCGCAUGCCGACGAUGACGCACCGCGAGGAGCUGCGCUUCCUGCUGCGCUGCGGCAUGGUCGACCCCACGGCCGCGGACCUCUCGGCGCCGCCGACGCGCGACGGCGAGCGUGCCCUCAGCUCCGAGACGUGCAAGGUCAUCGGCGAGCCGGCCAUGGCCGUCACGCGCUUCGCAAAGGCCUCGGCGGCGUGCCUUGUCGUUGCGGCGCCGAUGCGCAAGGCUCCCGCCACCUCCGCCUAAGCACUUACCUUACCAGCACAUCCCACACUACUCCGUCCCUCGCUGCCUGUCACUUUUAUCCCCCUCGUUGCCCUCAGUGUAUCGCCCGUCACCGCCUACCUCGCUGUAAGAUCUUCUUCCCAUUUAACGACCCCGCGCGCUCCAGACUUGCCCCCGCAUCCGGAGCUGCCGCCUCACGAUCCCCUCGCUCUCGCACUCGCUGCCGGCACGACAUGACCCCCUCCGAUUCGUCAAUCAUAUCAUCAC